CUGCUGCUGCUGGUGUUGCCAUGAUGAUGAUGAUGGUGGCAUCCUCCUCCUCACCCCUCCUCACACACACACACACGCACGCACUCACACACACACACACGGAGGCAGAAAAGGAUGGCUUGAGGCUGGAAAACACACACAUGCUGCUCGGCCAUGCGUCCGUCGCACUGGAACCUGGACGCCAAGUGAACUGAGCGCAAUGUCGUCUGUUUGACUCUUUGACGGCUUAGUUCGCUUAUGCCUUGGCUCGGCUCUGACACCCUCAUGGACUGAGGGCGGCGCGGACGGCAUCGCAGCGGAGACGUCCCUCAACCAUCCCGCCACUACAGCCGAUGGCGGCGCAUCAACAUUCUCCAGACAGCAGCAGCGAGGAGUGCACCGUGCUUGAGGCUCCGCCCACUAAGGAUACCUGCCCGCAACAUGGCGGCAAGGUCUCCGAUUACUGUUGCACGUGCACGCGUGCACUGUGCGGCGAGUGCGUGCCUGAGCACAGUGAGCACCACAGGGUGCCUUUAGGCGAGGCCUUGGAGCAGCACCGGCGCACCUUGGAGGCGGAGAUGAGGGCGGCUCAUGACAGACUACCGCAGAUUUCGGCCGCAGCCGUAGUGGUGGGAGAGAUGGUCCAGCAGCUGACCAAUCAGAGGGCGGCCAUCGAGGAGGACAUCCUGUCCAGCUUCGAGGACCUUCACAAGCAGCUGGACGUAAGGAAGAGCGUUCUUCUCAUGGAGCUGGAGGUCACCUUUGGCCUCAAGCACAAGGUGCUACAGUCUCAGCUGGAGAGCCUCCAGCAGGGAGAGGACGCUGUGUCGUCUGCCUGCACCCGUACAGAGGAAGUCUUGGCGACGGAGGCGUGCGCUGGUAGCUUGGAAGUGGAGCUGGACCUCAAGGGGAAGUUGGAGGAAUUGGCCAGACGAGGUCUGUCGUGCCAGCCGGAGGAGAACGACCAGCUGGACCUGGUCCUGGAAACGGACGGCCUGCGCAAGUGGAUCCACAACCUGGGCACCAUCGUGACCACCAGUGCUGUCGCGAGCCAAAGCGAGGCGAUGGGCGCCGGCCUGGAACAAUGCAUCGUGGGACUCCCUUCCUCUGUCACCAUAGUAACCAGAGACAAAUCCGGAGGGGCUUGCAAGAGCGGAAAUGCUAUCUUGUCAGCUGAGGUGUUCACGCCCGACGGCAGCAUCGUGGACGGCGAGAUCGUGGACCACAAGAAUGGAACGUACGAGUUUGUCUACGUGCUGCCCAAAGAGGGCGACUUUUCACUGGCGCUGCGUCUGUACGACCAACACAUUAAAGGAAGUCCCUUCAAGCUGAAUGUUGGCACGUCACAGGUGUCGCCUUCCACCACCACGCCCUCCAACUCCGCGGCCAACGCCACGCCGUCCACGGGCUCCUCGGAGGGCGCCAAGAGGCGGGGAAAAUCUCCCGGCCAGAAGAAGAAGGGCUCCAAGAGGGCUAGCAGCGCCCUGGGAACGCCGCGUCGCAAAACCCAGAACCCCAUCGAGGACGACCUCAUCUUUCGGAUCGGAACCAAGGGGCGGAACAAAGGAGAGUUCACCAACCUUCAAGGGGUCGCCGCAGCUGCCAGCGGCAACAUCCUGAUCGCUGACAGCAACAACCAGUGUGUGCAGGUGUUCUCCAGCCAGGGGGAAUUCAAAAGUCGGUUCGGAGUACGCGGACGGUCGCCGGGGCAACUGCAGCGGCCCACGGGGGUGGCGGUGCACGCCAGCGGUGACAUUAUCAUCGCCGACUACGAUAACAAGUGGGUCAGCAUCUUCUCCAGCGAUGGCAAGUUCAAGGCCAAGCUGGGAUCGGGCAGGCUGAUGGGACCCAAGGGCGUUUCGGUGGACCACGAGGGUCACGUGAUUGUGGUGGACAACAAAGCGUGCACGGUUUUCAUCUUCCAGCUGAGCGGAAAGCUCGUCACCAAGUUCGGGAGUCGCGGGAAUGGCGACAAGCAGUUUGCAGGUCCGCACUUCGCCGCUGUCAACAAGAACAACGAGAUCAUCGUGACUGACUUCCACAACCACUCCGUCAAGGUGUUCACGCCUGAUGGAGAGCUGCUUCUCAAAUUCGGCUCCAAUGGCGAAGGCAACGGACAAUUCAACGCCCCCACCGGCGUGGCUGUGGACACCAAUGGGAACAUCAUCGUAGCCGACUGGGGCAACAGUCGGAUACAGGUCUUUGACGGCAGCGGUUCUUUCCUGUCCUACAUCAACACGUCAGCCGACCCCCUGUAUGGGCCGCAGGGCUUGGCCCUGACCCAUGACGGACACGUGGUGGUGGCCGACUCAGGAAACCACUGCUUCAAAGUUUACCGCUACCUGCAGUGAUGGCAAGACAGACGGAGAAGAGGCGGCGGCUGCCAUUUUCAUUUCGAUGAGGUCAAAAUUCGUUUCAUAACAUCCUUGGUUGGACAGCCAAGAUGGCGGAUGUGAGUAAUGUCCUCUGAUCGAUUUGAUGUCAUUUUGUGAUCGUUCAAUUCGGGUAUGUAUUUCACCUCCCAGCCUCCAGGAGGCGGUUAAGAGAUAACUUCCUUAGCAUGGAUGGGAAAAGGGCAAACCUAGCGGUCAACAGUAUUGUGACUCGCAAUUGGCCCCUCCCCCAGAGGGACAAUACGGUGACCAAUCAUCAUCCCUUUAAAGCGACCAGUUAAAAUUUGACACUUUCGCGUUAUCGAAGGAAUGAAUCCGAGUGCCUGCUCACCACCAGCGACAUCCACGUCAAAGACUGAGUGGGCGGAGUCGGCGAACGACAUCAAACUUAAUUAGCAAACUCAUGAAUUCAUUUCAUGCCAUUUUUACUUUUGAUUGUGUUCCAUUGUGUGCAUUGAAAUUCUUAAGUGCCAAAGCGUUAAGUUCAUCUCUCAAUAGGAUUGACUGACCUACACUACUCGCAAAAAGUUUGGGUUUUUGAGCUUUUUAGCUGACUUUUUUAGGAUGACACUAAAAUGCGCCGCGACACAAAAUGAUUGCUUAAAAAUCCGCAUUGCAGCAAGACAGCAAUAUGUAGAACAAUGAACUGUGAUCACUGAAACAGGGCUACAGAGAUACUGGAAGAGUCACAGAAAGGCAUACAGUGGUACCUCUACUUACGAACGUCUCUUCAUACGAAAUUUUCAAGUUUCGAAACGUCUCAGCAGGAAUAUAUUGCCUCUUGUUACGAAAGAAAUUUCAAGAUACGAAAGUUAAAAAUACAGUACAGCAUGCUUGCAACUUGCAGCUC